AUGGUAAAGCCUCUCACCGAUCAACCCGGAAUCGACUCGGACGACGCCAAAAUCAUUUGCAAUGAAUUUCACAAGCAUCUCGACGUUGACGAGAUGAUGGAGACUGCACGGGACAGCCCAUGGUGGGUUUCUCUUUCCGAAUCAUCCGAUGUGAAUGUUAUCGCGACUCCUUCAUCCGAUCCAAGUGAUGGCAUCGGACUUAUUCUGUCUAAUUCCUUCACAACCAAAAAUUUCUCCUACAUAAAAGAGGGAGCUCUCCAGCAUCCACAAGUUAAAGCUAGUUCGGACAAGGUUGCUGCAGACUGGACGAAUCCGACAUCUUCGCGAAAGAUAAGUUCUGCUGUUUCGUCUCUGCAGCUAUCUGACGACAUAUCAGCUUGCGUGAAACCUCAUAACUCGCAAAAAAAUGAAGUCGUGAAAAACCCGAAUAACAGUAAGCAGAUUCAGUCUCCGUAUUUGCUUUGUCCUGUCAAAUCUCAUGGCGAUGGCCAAGGUGUUUUGCGAUUCUCGGGCUUUGAUCUUCCACAAAUCAAAGCAUCAACACUCUCCCCUUCCACUUUUCCGCCGACCAUAGCUAGCGUCUUGCAGGCAUUGGAACCAACUCCGUUCGCUCCGGGCCAGAAAAGUCUUCGCCGCGUCGUUUCCAAAAGCGAAUCGACGACAUCUUCAUGCAAGGACUUAAGGCCGACCUACACUACAAGCAGGCAAACCAAUGCGGUGUUUGCUGAUGCUUCUGUGGUCCAAGAUCUUCCGAGCGCCGUGUGUACUGUCCCAUCAACCGUUUCUCCUUGUGGCAAAAAGCUUUCGCCGUUGCGAGCGCUUUCUGCCUACAACUUCUUUUUCAGAGACGAGCGGGAACGGAUUCUCCAUGGAGGUGCCGAUGACUGGACUGCCGCUCGUCACGCAGCCCUCUUAACCUCACACUGGUUAAAGGAUCGCACCAAGAAACGACAGCAUCGCAAGAGCCACGGUAUGAUCGACUUCACGAGUCUUUCCAAGCUCAUCUCGAUGAGAUGGAAAAAUUUGCACCCGGACGGCAAAGGCUUUUUCCGUCAAGUUGCAGCCGCUGACUGGAGACGCUAUCAGGACGAACUUGCCAAGGAAUAA